CAGUUGAUUGAGAUUAAGCCAGACUGAACGUGCAAGCAUAGCAGAUUGGGCUGCAGUUCUGCUGGACCAUGACCAGGAAGAGAUGCAGCUCCAGCAGACAUCUCCAGUACAGGACUAGAGCUUUCCCAGGCACUGAGCAGGAAACAGCACUGAGGAAGUGUUGAGAUGCUGACUCAGCUGAUCCUAGGAUGGACUGCGUUGCUAAGCAGCCUCCCGUCGGCUGCUUCCUCUAUUACAACAAGAUUCCCAUCAAGCAGAGGCAGCAGGUGGUCAGUUUCAAAAUGUGAAGUCUUCAUCACUCCUCCUCUUCCACCACCUAUGUUUCCUCCAAUCAAAUGGAAAGCAGAGCUAAUGGUUGACAUAACAGAACACAUCACAGGACCUAAAGGAGAAAAAGGCUGUAGGGGAGCCAGAGGAUCGAAGGGUCAGCUUGGUGUGUUAGGUCCAGAGGGAGAAGGUGGAAUGCAAGGAGCCAUGGGACAGCCAGGUCAAAAGGGAGAGAAGGGAGACAGAGGCUGGAGGGGCCUGUAUGGAGAUAUAGGAACUCCUGGGAUGAUGAAGGGCAAUAAGGGGCAAAGGGGAUUCAGUGGUGAUAAAGGUGUCAAAGGAAAAACAGGCCUGGAGGGAGUGAAGGGGGAGCGUGGCAUCCCUGGAAACCCAGGACAGAAGGGAGACCCAGGCCAAUGGGGCGCUGCAGGGAAAAGGGGGGAGGAGGGAUCCAGAGGAAAGCCUGGGGACAGGGGGAGCACGGUAGGCAUGAAGAAUAAAACACAGAGUGUGUGCAUGGUGGGAAACCCUGCAAGGGGUUGGCAGUGCUAGAGUCGGAAGUAUGACACACAAGUGUGUGUGUGUGUGUGUGUGUGUG